CCAUUAAGACAAUAUCCGCAAUGAAGUACCUUGUGAUCUGUGCUCUCGCUGCUUUCUUCCUUCUCCAGGCUUCGGGUUUCAAGCGGGUGGUCUAUGUGGUGCCUGUAACAACUACCAAUACGACCUCAACGAACUCACCAACCCCAGCGAGCUCCUCAUCCCCAUCGAGUUCCUCGUCCUCAUCUUCGUCGAGUUCCUCGUCCUCGUCGAGCUCCUCGCCCUCAUCGAGCUCCUCGCCCUCAUCGAGCUCCUCGUCCUCAUCGAGCUCCUCGCCCUCAUCGAGCUCCUCGCCCUCAUCGAGCUCCAGUUCCUCGGCAAACCCCACAUCCACAGGCUCUACCACUCCCACGACGAACAGCACCACAACCGUGGUGACCCAUCAUGUGGUCUACUGCUCGUGGAAGAACAACUGGUGUCGUCCCGCCUCGAACACCGUGAGGAUUUGCAAGUGGGGCGUCUGCAAGCUCUACGGCUAAAUGGAAAGUCAAUAAAAAAAACCAUCUUUUAGCACAAA